GCUUUCGGUUUCUAUAUGUGCAGUAUUAUAUAAAAGCCACAGCUGAUCCAGAAAGCCCCAGAGUCUCCUGCUGUCUGAUGUCAGGUUUGAAAGCGCAGGGCAGACAAAGAAAAGGUCGAGCCACGUCUACAAUGACCACAGGACAAGAUAUUGCAGGCUUCAAAGCACAAGAAAGUUGAAGGAAAAGUUGAAACAUGUCUACCAUGAAGUAUGCUGAAGGACAAGAACCAGCAGUCCUACUCAACUUUCUCUCCAAAGUUGGACUGGAGAAAUUUUAUCCUAACAAACUCACUCUUCGGUCUCUCUUGGAGAUCAACAAAAACAGCAUAAAUGAAGAAGCUGUCUCAUCUGUGGAGGACAUACCAAGGGGUUUUCUCAGGAAACUAUUUAAACUCAAUUCUGAAUGCAGGAGCUGUACACACUUAUCAGACAAUGAUAAUAAUGAUGAUGAUGAUGAUGAUGAUGAUGAUGAUGAUGAUGAUGAUGAUGAUGAUGACGAUGAUAUUUAUACUGCAAAAGACCCUGCAGAGGAUAAUAAGGUCAACCCUCACGACCUCAUAGUAGCUCUCUUCCUUUGUGCUGACAGCUUCUUGCAACAGGAACUGGCCCUCAAGAUGUCCAUGUGCCAGUUUUCUGUCCCACUGCUGUUGCCCCAUGCCAAUACCAGUCAGAGUACCCUGAUGCUUUGGGCUCUGAGAGACAUCGUCAAAGAGUGGCGUCCUCAUAAUUUGUCUGAAUCAAAAGGGUUUGUUGAAGACAACAUUAUCCAAGCAGAUAUUCCAUUCUACUCAUUUGUGAGGCUGAAAAACUGCAGUUUAUCCAAGUCCCAAUGUUUGAAUCAUGUUCUCAGCUUUGGUCAGUCCAAUAACAAUACGUUCAUACACAGAGAUAUAAAAGGAGGAGCAGUUAAAAGAAACAUUGCCAAUGGUUUAGUAGAGGUUUGCUGGUACCUUCCCAGUGGUACUGAAAAUCUUGACAUAUUUCCGGAGCCAGUUGCAAUCGCUAAUUUGCGAGGAGACGUUUGUGAGUCAAUUGCACAGUUCAGUUUUCUUUGUCAUGUGUCCACUGCUGUCUUUGUGUUCCUGGACAAAGUUGAAGAAGAGGAGCACAAGAUUCUGACUUCUCUUCAAGAUGUGAAAUCCAAACUGUUCUUCGUUGUUAACCGCAAGGACGGGAAUAGUACAGAAGAUAUGUCUGUCAAGAAAACACUGAAAGAAUUAGACCUACCAAAGACCAGUGUGAAAUUCAAAAGUCCAAGGAUAAAUCUAGCCGAAUUUUCAAAUAAACUUUGUGCAGCCAUCAAGACAUCCAUCAAAGAUGUAAAAAACCCACGAAGCAUUGCAAAUAUGCUUGACAAAGCUGUUGAACUUGGUCUGUCUGUGGAUGAACGCACAAGUGACGACCAAAGGAAGGCAGCUGAGGACAUUGCGAAAGGAAUCGGAGAGCAACCAAUACCAGACUACAAGAAACAACAACUCCCUUUGCAAGGAGAUAACUGGAAAAUGUUAUCAAAGUUAGAGAAGGAGGAAUGUAGGAUGAAAGACACCGGUGACUCAGGCCUCGAAGAGUUUAAAUCUCAGCUACAGGCAGAAAAACUAAAAAUCAGAGAGGGACAAAGCAAACAAACAUUGUCAAAAGGAAUUAAGAGUUUUAUUAAAAUCGUAUCCACAAGUGACAAAGAAAAAAGAGAUUAUUUCCUUAAGUGGAUGAAGUUGGAGUUGAAUUCACAUUAUCAGGACAAACUGACUGAUCUGCGUAACAAAUUUAAAGAGCAAUGCACGAAGAAAGAUGCAAAACUCAUUGCAGGGUUGGAUCAGGCUUUGCUGGAUAGCUCUUUAGGAAUAGAGCAUUACAUGAGAGAGAUGGGGCUGAUCUAUGAGUUUUCCUUGCAAUCACCAAACACUGCUGAUGAAACAUCUUGUCUCCCUGGUUUGGCAGCUGAAAUGCUGUUGGAUGGAUAUCCUUUAGAGCUCUUAGACGGAGAUGCGUCUAACAUCCCAGAGAGAUGGGUGACAGAUGUGCUAAUGGAGCUUCACAAGAAGGUCGGAGAGAAGAGCAGACUGUUGGUACUGACGGUGUUGGGUGUUCAAAGUAGUGGGAAGUCAACACUCCUCAACACCAUGUUUGGUGUGCAGUUUCCUGUCAGCAGUGGCAGAUGCACAAGAGGAGCUUAUAUGCUCUUCCUCAGAGUAAGUGAGGAUAUACAAAAGGACUUGAACUUUAACUUUAUACUUCUCAUUGACACAGAAGGUCUUCAGUCUCCUCAUUUGUCACAACUAGAGGAUAGUUAUGAGCAUGACAACCAGCUGGCAACCUUUGUCAUUGGCUUAAGUGAUGUCACCAUUAUCAACAUUGCAAUGGAGAACUCAACAGAAAUGAAAGAUGUUCUGCAAAUUGCAACUCAUGCUUUCUUGAGAAUGAAGGAAAUUGGUAAAAAGCCAGUUUGUCAUUUUGUGCACCAGAAUGUUGGUGGAGUCUCAGCUCAUGCAAAGACCAAGGCAGAUAGAAAACAUUUAUUGGACCAGCUCGAUGAAAUGACUCAAAUUGCAGCCGAAAUGGAAAAGCAGCCCGCUAUAAAAGCUUUCACAGAUGUGCUGGACUAUGACAUAGAAAAAAACAACUGGAACAUCCCGGGACUCUGGCAUGGGACCCCACCGAUGGCACCAGUAAACACAGGUUACAGUGAAGCUGUAGCAGAUUUAAAGAAAAAUCUUUUGGAGACAUGGAAAGGAGACAAACACUACGAAGUGUCACAAAUCCCAGAGUUUCUAGAAUGGAUGAGAAAUCUCUGGAAAGCAGUGAAAUAUGAGAACUUCAUCUUCAGUUUCAGAAACACUCUUGAGGCUCAAGCAUACGACAAUGUCUGCAUAGAGUUCAAAAAAUGGGAAUGGGAGUUUAGAAAAGAGAUUUUCUCCUGGCAGACAGAAGCAGAGUUGGAAAUUUUAAAUUAUGACAAAUCUGAUCUCAGUCAUUUGAAUGAAUUAGUCCAAUCAAAAAAAUUCCAAGUGGAAAACAAAAUAGCAGUCCAAGACAAAGUAAUGAAGCAGAAACUGCGGGAAUACUACAAAAGGAAAGACAGACAUGUGAAUCUGAUAGAGAAACACAAAACUGAACUUGUCAGCAGUAUUAGUGGUCUUGCAAAUGAAAUCCAACGAUCAGUAGAAAAUAAAUUGGAUUGUGCACUUGAGCUAAGAAAAAGUUUAAAAGAGGCUCAGGACAUUCAAAGAAAACAAAGAGGAAUGAUUGAAGAACAAGUUAUGAAACUCUUGAGUGACUGCAAACACCAAACACUCACUGACAAAGAAUUGACAGAUGAGUUUGACAAGAUGUGGGCUGAAGCCACAGUAAAUGUGUCUGGUCUGAAAGAACAAAACAUAGAAGCAAGCAUCUUAAAACAGUUGAGAAAACAAUUCCAAAAUCAAAAUGUCAAUGAGGAAUUACAGAACAUUGGAGACCUAAAAGACAUUGUGAAGGAUCCAUUUAAGGCAAAAAAGAAACACUUGAAACCAAACCUGACCACGAUGAUAAGUAAAGACACAAAAAGACAGUUGCAGAGCUUUGCAGACUGUGUUAUUGAGUCUUGCACACGGUUUGUCCAUGAUAUUGCAAAAACAGAAAGAGACUACAAUGAUUCUUUUACAAGAGAGCUUCUGGAAAAGGUGGAUGAAUCUCUAACACAAUGGAGCAAGCAUUGCAAGCCCCAGUUUGGGUUUGACCUGAAACUUUACAUGUGUGGCAUUGCCUCAAGAGAGUUCCUUCACAUGCACAGAACAUUCUUGUCAGAUAGAGAUCCAAAACGUCAGCUGGAGAAGUACAAGCCUCAGUACUUGUCAGAUUUUCUUGAUCUAUACAAACAGAGAGAUGAUUGCCAACGAAAAGCAAAUGAUUUUGUCAGACUUUGUGUCAAACCUGCUGUUGAAGAGUACAUUAGUAGAUCUCUGGGAAUAGAAAUUGUAGAUCAUAUUUUGACAAGUCAUUCAGCUGAGUACAGUUCACGCUCCUUUUUCCAGUACAACAUUCAGAAAGAGCUGCUGCAAAAAGGAGAGUUUGAGAGUUUUCUCAAGUACAUUUGUACAUAUGAGAUUUAUGUUAAAGAUUGGAUAUUUCAGCACAUUCUGCAAAACAUGUCAGAAGACAAAACUUUGUGCAAACUGAAGAUGAAUUUGGAGGUCAUAGUUAACAAAAUAACAGAAGCAACAGAACAAGCCUCAAAAGGAGAGGAUGGUGUUUUGCUGCCAGACAACCAGGAAAGCAUCGCAAAGCUCAUCAACAACAUGCGCAAAUAUCUGAUCAAAGACAUCUCAAUGUCAGAAGAGGCUGAAAAAACCACCUUGUUUCAAAUCCAAAGCACAUGUCGUCCAUUUACAAAGAGCCUCAUUAAAGCAUUGGGUGACUUGAAGGAACAGAUGCAGGAGGAAUUCUCAAACUCUGAAGACAUCACUGAGACUCUGAACAAACUUCCAAUCAAACCACAAGAUGAGCUUUUCAAGGGGGUGUUUGGCUGUGGACAACAAUGUCCAUUUUGUAAAGUUCCGUGUGAGGCUGAAGGCAAAGACCACAAGAAACAUCAUGCAACUGUUCAUCGGCCACAGGGUCUAUAUGGAUACAGGGUUGAGGACACUGAGAAGCUGGUUGAAACACUCUGUACAACAAUUGUGCACAGUCAAUUUAAAUUCAAAAACACAGACACUAAAUCGAAGUACCAUCCUUGUAAGAAGUACACCAAAUACUAUCCAGACUGGCUCAUUCCUCCUGAUACCACCACCGAGGCAUCGGACUACUGGAAGUACGUCCUGGUUCAAUACAAUGAAAGAUUUGCUGAAAAAUACGAAGCCAAACCGGCUGAUGUUCCAAAGGCCUGGAGGAGCAUCACAAAGGAACAAGCGCUGAAGGGAUUAAAAGACGCUUUCAAUAUAAAGUGAACAAUGUAAAAUCCUGAAUAUCAUAAAACAAAACAUUGAAACAUGCAAGACCAAAAGGAAACAGGAACUGAAGGCGUUUAGAAGAACAAUCAGUCAAGACAGAUUAAUACUGUUUGAAAAUGAUCAACGUGCCUGCAAAAAACAAUCUAUGUAGAAGUGGACGUAAUCAGCCUAAUAUAGUGUAAUGAAAACAUCUCAAAUAUUUAAAAGCUGUGCAGGAAAUAAUUUAACUGUGACAGACUAUAAGAUUUUGUUUUAUGUUUUAGUUUAGAAGUGCAAAAGAUGAUAUAAAUACGUUGCAGAAAAUUAAAUACUGUAAAUAGGUAUGUUAGACUUUUAAAUAUAUUCUAUACUUUAUAUUUAAUACUUAAUUUUUUAUAUUUUUCAAGAUUACAAAUGUUUUUUUUAAAUCAAUCUUCUGCAGGUCUUCGAGCA